GGUUAUCCAUGAUGGACAGCAGUCUGUUCAGAGUCCUCCUCUCCACCACAGCCUCUAAAGCAGGGGUGUCAAACUCAAAUACACAGUGGGCCGAAAUUAAGAAAUUGCUACAAGUCAAGGGCCGGACGGGUUCAACGUUUAUUGAAAACUUAUUGAAACAACCUUAUUGCACAUAUUGAACCUGGAACUAACAAGGCCUAUAGAUUCUUGCCUAUAAAACAACAUUAAUUAUGAAAUAAAUGAAAGAAGAACAUUUUCUACAGGCAAACAGCCAGAAGUGAUUUACUCAAAGAAAAAUCAAAUGUCCUGUAGAAGCAAGAGAACACAAUGCAAAUAUUAAACUGCAUUAAAAACUGAAACUGCGUCAAAGCACCGUUUGCUGCUCUGUGGUGCUCACUUGUCUGAGCCAGAUACUUGGUGUCUUAUCUUGGUUACAAGUUCAUCAAUGUCUGGGGUCAGGCUCUGAGCUGAGGAAAUCCUCAGGAUUGAGUGAAGGUGUUCAUCAGUAAGACGAGUCCUGUGUGAAGUUUUGUUUAUCUUCAUCAAAGAGAACAGCUGUUCACACAAGUAUGUGCUGCCAAACAUAGAGAGCGUUUGAGCAGCCUGGGAGCGUAGAUGGGGCAUUGUGUCGGGGAUGAAACGUGGAAACUCUGCAGCGCCCACAGACUCAUAUUUUGCCUUCAGUGUGUCACUACAUUGGAGCUCGAUCAGCUCCAUUUGCAGGUUUGUUGGUGCGCUUUCCACGUCAGCUGCAAAUGGAUCAACUGGCGGUGAUUUAAACCUCUGGCUCUGAUAAAGUUACCCGCUCGUGUUAUGAUGCUCAUUACAUGUUCCGUUUUCAAGGCUUUGCCACACAACGAUUCCUGGCGUAUGAUGCAGUGAUAAGCUGUCAGCUCACUUGUGACGUUUUCAUCCUGCAUCUUUUCUCGGAUCCUCCCCACCAAUCCACUUUUUUGACCGCACAUCGCAGGCGCUCCAUCUGUUGUCAGUCCAACAAGUUCAUCCCACGGCAGCCCCAUGUUAUCUACACAUCUGGACACCUCUUCAAAGAGAUCUUUCCCGUAGUUGUGCCGUGCAUUGAGCGUCAUCCAAAAAACUCUUCUGUUACGCACAGGCUUGAGUCCACUCCACGGAUGAAAAUUGACAGCUGGGCAGUAUCAGAAGUGUCGGUGCUCUCAUCCACAGCAAGGGAGUACGCGAUGAAGGCUUUUCCCUUUCCCACAAGCUGUGGUUGGAGAUUGGCAGCAAGGUGGCGAACACGGUCAGCAACGGUGUUUCGGCUCAGGCUCACAUUUAAAAAUGCUUGCCUUUUUUCUGGGCACACGGUGUCGCAAACUUUAAUCAUGCCGUUUUUGACAAAUUCCCCCUCGGUAAAGGGCCGGGAUGAUUUUGCAAUCUCUGCUGCCACAAUAAAACCUUAACAGCAGCCUCGCUUUGUGAUUUGGCUUUAGUGAACAUAGCCUGCUGUGACACCAGGCUUCUUUUUCAUUCUUCUACCUUCUGUAGCCUUUGUGUCGUGUCCAGAUGCUUGUAUUUGUCGUGGUGCUUCGUUUCAUAGUGUCUUUUUAUGUUGUAUUCUUUCACUACAGCCACACUGUCUCCGCACAGAAGACACACAGCUUUGCCCUUUACAUCCGCCAACAUGUACUGUGCCUCCCACCUGUCUUGAAAACCCCUGUUUUCAAAGUCCACCUUUCGUUUAGCCAUUUUGUGGGGAGAGGGAUGAAAGUUGACAGAAAUGCUGAUGAACGAGUGGGGGCGCUUGUAAUUGACGCGGGCCUGUGAUUGACGUGCCGACGCACGGGCAGUGCAUUAUGGGAUUUGUAGUAUUAUGGUGGCGCGUAUGAUAUACCAGCGGGCCAGCUCUAAUAGUAAAUAGAUUUUGACAUGCAGGCCAAAGAUCAUUCAUUCACGGGCCGGAUUUGGCCCGUGGGCCUUGAGUUUGACACAUGUGCUCUAAAGGGUCCAGUUUGAUGCCAAUGACAGAGCCAGCCUUCCUGAUCAGUUUAUUGAUUCUGCUGGUGUCACCGGCUCUGAUGCUGACCUACAAUGUGACCUACAACUGGACCUACAACGUGAUCUAUAACGUGAACUACAACAGGACCUACAACGUGAUCUGUAACGUGACCUACAGCGUGACCUACAACGGGACCUACAACGUGACCUACAACGGGACCUACAACGGGACCUACAGCGUGACCUACAACGUGACCUACAACGGGACCUACAACGUGACCUACAACGGGACCUACAGCGUGACCUACAGCGUGACCUACAACGGGACCUACAACGGGACCUACAACGGGACCUACAACGUGACCUACAGCGGGACCUACAACGGGACCUACAGUGGGACCUACAACGUGACCUACAACGGGACCUACAACGUGACCUACAACGUGACCUACAACGGGACCUACAACAGGACCUACAGCGUGACCUACAACAGGACCUACAAUGUGACCUACAACAUGACCUACAACGUGAUCUAUAACGUGACCUACAACAGGACCUACAACGUGAUCUAUAACGUGACCUACAACAGGACCUACAACGGGACCUACAACAUGACCUACAACGUUAUCUAUAACGUGACCUACAACAGGACCUACAACGUGAUCUAUAACGUGACCUACAACAGGACCUACAACGUGACCUACAACAUGACCUACAACGUGACCUACAACGUGAUCUAUAACGUGACCUACAACAGGACCUACAACGUGAUCUAUAACGUGACCUACAACAGGACCUACAACGUGACCUACAACAUGACCUACAACGUGAUCUAUAACGUGACCUACAACAGGACCUACAACGUGAUCUAUAACGUGACCUACAACAGGACCUACAACGGGACCUACAACGGGACCUACAACGGGACCUACAGCGUGACCUACAACGGGACCUACAACGUGAUCUAUAACAGGACCUACAACAGGACCUACAACGUGACCUACAACGUGAUCUACAACGUGACCUACAACGGGACCUACAACGUGACCUACAACGUGAUCUACAGCGUGACCUACAACGUGACCUACACAGGACCUACAAUGUGACCUACACAGGACCUACAGCGUGACCUACAGCGUGACCUACAGCGUGACCUACAGCGUGACCUACACAGGACCUACAACGUGACCUUCAACGUGACCUACAGCGUGACCUACAACGUGACCUACACAGGACCUACAACGUGACCUACAGCGUGACCUACAGCGUGACCUACAGCGUGACCUACACAGGACCUACAACGUGACCUACAACGUGACCUACACAGGACCUACAACGUGACCUACACAGGACCUACAGCGUGACCUACACAGGACAUACAGCGUGACCUACACAGGACCUACAACGUGACCUACACAGGACCUACAACGUGACCUACACAGGACCUACAGCGUGACCUACACAGGACCUACAACGUGACCUACACAGGACCUACAGCGUGACCUACACAGGACCUACAAUGUGACCUACAACGUGACCUACACAGGACCUACAACGUGACCUACACAGGACCUACAACGUGACCUACACAGGACCUACAACGUGACCUACACAGGACCUACAGCGUGACCUACACAGGACCUACAGCGUGACCUACACAGGACCUACAAUGUGACCUACAACGUGACCUACAACGUGACCUACACAGGACCUACAACGUGACCUACACAGGACCUACAGCGUGACCUACAGCGUGACCUACACAGGACCUACAAUGUGACCUACAACGUGACCUACACAGAACCUACAACGUGACCUACACAGGACCUACAGCGUGACCUACACAGGACCUACAAUGUGACCUACAACGUUACCUACACA